AUGGCCAGCCAGGCUCCUACCGACCCCGCACAAUCGCAAACCCUCCCUGAUCGCACUAUGAACCCCGCCGAUAACGCCGCCCCCCAGGGGGAGAUUUCGAAGAACGCCGCGAAGAAGGCUGCCAAGGCCGCGAAGCAGGCAUCCGAGAAGGCUGAGAAAAAGGGAAAGCAGCAGCAGCAGGCCAAGGCUGCUCCCAAGGCUGCUAAGAAGAAGAUCGACGGUGCGGCCUUGAUUGGUAUUGAUGUGUCCAAGGAAGAGGAUUUCCCCGGAUGGUACCAACAGGUCCUCACGAAGGGUGAUAUGCUGGACUACUACGAUGUUUCUGGAUGCUUCAUUCUGAAGCCCGCUUCGUACAGCAUUUGGGAGGAAAUCCAGCAGUGGUUCAAUACGCACAUUAAGAAGAUCGGGGUGAAGAACUGUUCCUUCCCCCUCUUCGUCUCCGAGGAUGUCUUGCAGAGAGAGAAGGAUCACAUCGAAGGCUUUGCUGCUGAGGUCGCCUGGGUGACUCACGCAGGCUCCACUCCCCUCGAGAAGAAGAUUGCCAUCCGUCCUACCUCGGAAACCGUCAUGUACCCUUACUACUCCAAGUGGAUCCGUAGCCACCGUGACCUGCCCCUUCGUCUCAACCAGUGGAACUCGGUUGUCCGGUGGGAGUUCAAGCACCCCCAGCCUUUCCUCAGAACCAGAGAAUUCCUGUGGCAGGAGGGCCAUACCGCGCAUCUGACCCAGGAUGCUGCCCACGAGGAGGUCAUGUAUAUCCUCGAUCUCUACGCUAAGAUCUACGAAGAGCUCCUUGCCGUUCCCGUCGUCAAGGGUCAGAAGACAGAAAAGGAGAAGUUUGCCGGUGGUCUCUACACCACCACUGUGGAGGGAUACAUCCCUGCAACUGGCCGUGGUAUCCAGGGUGCUACCUCCCACGGUCUUGGACAGAACUUCAGCAAGAUGUUCAACAUCACUGUGGAGGACCCCUCCGCCAAGGGUGACGAGAAGAAGCCCCCUAUCCACGUCUGGCAGAACUCCUGGGGUCUGUCCACCCGUACUCUGGGUGUCAUGGUCAUGAUCCACAGUGACAACCACGGUCUGGUCCUUCCUCCCCGCGUGGCUGAGACCCAGGUCGUCAUCGUCCCUGUUGGUAUCACCGCCAAGACCAGCGACGAGGAACGCGAGAAGCUGUACGCUGAGAUCGACGGCCUCACCACCGUCCUGACGGCCGCCGGCGUCCGCGCUACCAGCGACAUGCGUGAAGGUUACUCCCCCGGUUGGAAGUUCAACGACUGGGAGCUCCGUGGUGUGCCUCUGCGUCUUGAGUUCGGUCCUGGCGAGUCCGCUGGCCACUUUGUCACUGCAGCCCGCCGUGACAUUCCCGGUAGGGAGGGCAAGAGCACCAUCCAGAUCUCCGACCUUUCGACCGCCGUCCCCGCUCUGCUCGAAACCAUCCAGAAGGAUCUUUUCACUCGUGCCGACAACGAGUACCGCUCUCACCGCAAGAUCAUCACCAACUGGGACGACUUUGUCCCCGCCCUCAACGAGAAGAACGUCUGUGUCAUCCCCCACUGUCUCACCGAGGAGUGUGAGGACCAGAUCAAGGACAUGAGCGCCCGCAAGGCCGAGGAGGACUCCGAUGAGCCCCAGGACGCCCGUGCCCCAAGCAUGGGUGCCAAGUCCCUUUGCAUUCCCUUCGACCAGCCCGAGGGCAUCACCCCCGGAGUUACCAAGUGCACCAACCCCCAAUGCACCCGGACGGCCGAGAAGUGGUGCAUGUUCGGACGUUCCUAUUAG